AUGUCAGCCUUUCCUAAUGCAAAAAUAAUCCUUUCUGAUAUCACUCCUAGAGAUGAUAAGUUUGAUGACGAAGUACCCAGAAUCAAUGAUGAUAUUGAUAGAGUUAUAAAGUCAUAUCGAAAUGUAUUUCAUGUGUAUAAUGACAACCUGCGAUAUUCAGAUUAUUACCAUGAUGUGCAGCAUCUAAGUAGAAAGUAUAGAGUUCCAGCCAGAGCAAGAAACAUAAAGUCAGUUUUGCGAGAAGCAUUUCAGAGUCCAGCUAGACCAAAGCAUGCAGAGCAUUACAGAAGCGACAAACCACCGCCAGUGAUAGAUACCAGACCAAGACAUGAUGACAACACAGCCAAUACUCCAACUCAGCAAGAGAGUGAUCAAACAUUUUUAACAAUGGACCCCAGAGCAAGACGUAAUGACAACACAGUGAACACUCCAACUCAACAAGACAGUAUUCAAUCAUUAGCAAUGCACCCUAGACCAAGACCCGAGGACAGCGCAGCACGGAAUCAACGACAGGCCAAUGUUCAGACAUCACCCGAUCAACCCUCCUAUAUUAGUACAAUAUGUACAGGAACAACUGAAGAUUAUGGCAAAUGCAUUAAGUAUUUUAACAGCUAA